UGAUGUAAGGCGUUGCAUGUAUCUGUUUGAUGCGCUGGAAAGAUCCGGUUCCAUCUCGUCUUCUCCCGCACUCCCCUUCUCGCCAGCAACCAAACCCUCGUCUCUCUCUCUCUAAUUUGCACAACCCGCGAAAGUUGGUCCUUCUUCGAUUGGUACCUUUGCGUUGAUUUUUCCACCACCUUCAACGGUAAUGUUAUGUAACUAAAUACAAAAUGUCUUCAGCACAAGAUCCAUUUUACAUUGUAAAGGAGGAGAUUCAAGACUCUAUUGACAAGUUGCAAUCUACUUUUCACCGAUGGGAACACAUCCCUUCGGACAAUGUAGAGAAACUACAUCUCACAAAGGAGCUCCUUGCUGGUAGCGAGAGCAUUGAGUGGCAGGUGGAUGAAUUAGACAAAACUAUUGCAGUAGCAGCUAGAGAUCCUGCUUUGUAUGGCAUCAAUGAUGUGGAGCUUGAUAAACGAAGGAGAUGGACCAGCACUGCUCGCGCUCAGGUGGGUAAUGUCAAGAAAGUGGUAGUAGCUGGAAAGGAGUUGAAAGGAACUUCUAAUGUGAACGGGAUGCGCCGAGAAUUAAUGCGGCUGCCAAAUACUCACCCGGACCGAUCCAGCCACUACGUUGCUGUAGCGAAUGAUGAUUUCAUAUCAUCAGAAUCAGACAGACAGAUGCUUCUCAUAAAGCAACAGGAUGAAGAGCUGGAUGAGCUUAGUGCAAGUGUGGAGAGAAUUGGAGGUGUUGGGCUUACCAUACAUGAAGAACUCCUUGCACAGGAGAGGAUUAUAGAUGAUUUGGGUACAGAGAUGGACAGUACAUCAAAUCGUCUAGAUUUUGUUCAGAAAAAGGUGGCUCUGGUCAUGAAGAAGGCAGGUGCCAAGGGCCAGAUUAUGAUGAUAUUGUUCUUGGUAGUUUUGUUUAUUGUUUUAUUUGUUCUGGUCUUUUUAACCUAAGCUACGAGGAAGAAAUUAGUCGCUAUUGGCCGUACAUGGGAGAGGGUUAGGGCCGUUGGGGAUAAAGGGGACUUUAUAAAGGUAUAUAAAUGAAAUGACAGUGACCUGGGUUGUUAGAAUAAUUCUGACCUUAAUGGUGAACUGAACAAAAAUCUGAUAUUUAGGAGGUUCUUUAUGUUUUUGCAAUUUGGACAAAUUGGGUUGUGAUUGUGAUUAAAAAACAUAGUUACAAAAUUGAAAUGAAUAUGUGGAUCUGUCUCGUGUUUAUUCAUUACCAACACAUGGUGUUUAUUAUGUGUUUCAGUGUGGCAAGACAUUACUGGAGCUGUCAUUUUGCACUAAUAUAUAUAUAUAUUUUUUAUAAGUACAUUUUGCACUAAUUUUUGAAGCAACAUAUCUGCUUUUGGUUCCAAGUGCUUUGGUUGGUAUGCUUUGGGUUGUAGCAUGUGCUUGUGAUAGAAUGAACCUAAAACUAAAUACGUAGUAUAUGAACUAGAAGAAGAUAAAAAGUGUUUAUAACGGAAAAUCCCCUUGAAUUGUGAAAAUUUUGCAAGUUACUACACUUGGUUGAAAUCAACCCCAUCAGGCCUCAACCAUUAGAAUUACUGAAUUGACCAUAUUGUUUGAUAAUUGUAAGAGUUUUGACAUGAAUUCCU